AUGAAGCCCUCACAGCCGAAGAUCUACGAGCACGAGAAGGAACAAGACCGCCAACUUCUCGCGGACUGCGCCGCCAGUAAGAAGUCUGGCUCGAAAUUUGCCAAUAUCCAUAUAAAGCUUCGUCAAGCGGCCAUCCACCCCAUCCUCGCCCGUCGCCACUACGAUGAUGCAACUUUGAAGAAGAUGGCCAAGAGCUGUCUAAUGGAAGACAAAUAG